AUGUUGAAAGCUGCAGAGAAUGGGCAAAUGGAAACUCUUCGAUGGCUACUACGACCGGCUGUCACCGUCGCUGGAGUAGAUCCAGUGGAUGCUGAUAUGGGCUAUCUCCCGAAAGAUGAACAUGUUGCAGCUUCUGCUUUCCAGGAUUUGGCAGGUUUUGGCGACUUGGAGCUGAUGAAGCGGGUUUUGAAGCUGUACCCAAACUUCGAGGACGACGAUACAAUCUGGCUUCCAUACUGGGGCGAAGCGCAGCAGAAGGCGUGUAUUUCCGGUGACCUAGAGCUUGUUACGUGGUUGGUGGAACAUCCGAUCGGGCGUAAGAAGUGCGAGCAGCUCAAAGAAACCCGACACAUAGACCACCUACUCCAAGUAGCAGCCGCAGAAGGGCAUAUCAAGGUUGUGGAAUGUCUUCAGGACCAAGGUGCUGUUGAUAUAUCCGGAAACGCGAUGCUCAUCGCCGUCCGCAAGGGUCACACGAAGGUCGUGGAGGUUUUGCAGGAUCCGAACUGGUACGCAGAAAAGGGUGAUGCUGGUCGAUUGACACAUCAAGCCAGCUUGUCAAGUCGACGCUAA